AUCGAUACUUUCAGUCCGAACCGGAAAACAGCCGGUGGUCCAUCUCUAAUUCAUCUAUCGGAUUGCAACAAGUAAACAAAACAGUGCUCGUGAAAACACGUUCCUUUAAUUUCGUAUAAUUGUUUAAUGAGCAAAAAGUUAUAGUCUAGAGAUUUUUAUUGGAGGAACUAGUACCAUGUCAUUGCCCACGACCAAAGCCACCACGGCGACGGCCACAAACGCUGUUGUCCAGGCAGUUGAAGCGUUUAUUCAAAAUCAAAAUUUACUGGGGGAGAUUGCCGAGCUGGAUGAAAUGCUUUACGACCUGGUGGAUAUCCACAAGGACAACGAGCUGGCUCUGAAGCGGGUGCUGCAGUGCAUCCACAACCUGUUGCAAACGAACUGCAGGUGGAACGUACGUUUCGGGCCCAAAGUAUUCCACAAACUUAUAUCUGUGGUGAUUGCGGAUAGCUGUGAAGACUCAGCCAGUCGCCGUCAAUUGGUAGCUAAUUUACUGGUCUGCGUACAGCUUCAUAUUCAAAAGUACCCGCGGAUCGAAGCUAAGUUCGUGUUGCAGCAGCUCUGGUCGCUGAGCCAGAACAAUGAGCACCAGCCAUAUGCAGCCCAGAUCCUGGUCCACCUUUUUGAAGACUUCGUCCACAACUUUGGUUCAGACUGUGCCGAGGAAUUGCUGGAAGUAACCCGGAGCCUCUUGCAGUCGGAGGUGCGCGAGGAUCGUCGGUCAGCUUAUUUUCUCAUGCACAAGUUGCAGGAUAUCAAGAAAGUGAUAACAGCGCUCCAAUGUACCGAAAUUCAGUGGAACGCUUAUGUGGGCAUAAUGGAAAAUCUGGAGGAGCAGCAGUCGCAUCUGGUUCUUCCCACUCUCAGCACUCUGCUGCCACGCGUCGGUUUGAUGUCCAAUACCUUGACUGAGGACUGGCUGGCCUGGCUAAGGAUACUGUGCAAACGCCUCCUGGGCGACAAUAACAUCCUCGUUCUGCGCUGGACCCUAAAGUACUUUUUAUCGCAUUCCAGCAUGGCCCAGCUAUCCCGCUUCAAUCUGUUGACAGAAUUUUUGACUGCCACUAAUCGAACGCAGCUUUAUAAUCCGGAAGUAUCUGAUUGCCUCACACAACAGCAAAUUAAGGAUUUUGCUUCCGAAUAUCCGGCAGAUAUUUUGCUGGAAGCCCUUGUUUGCGUUCCGUGGCAUGCUGUUCCUUUGCUCCAUUGGUUGUUGCUUUGGGAACUCAACCAAUUGCCCGUGGUUUCCAAAGAGCUGCUGUUUCAGUUAAGCGCCCGCGUUAGAUCUCUACAAAAUACUAUUCUGCGUGGUGCUGCUAUCAAUUAUGUUAUCUUUUCGUUCAGUAACACAAUCGACAGUUUGUCCUUGGGCGAUUACCUACUGUUCAUGGAGUCAUUGUACAAUACCAUCGACCGUUAUGAAUACCAUUAUCAACUUAUAGACAAAAUCGAAAAGUGCAGCAACUUCGAGGAACAUAUUGGUAAUUUCAACAGUCGUUGCUGCGAGCUCGUGGUUCAAAUGGACUAUAAAUAUGAUGUUUUUGUUGCGUUUUUGAAGAAAUUACGAGCAUUACCAAGAGGCCAACACGGUUGGUGGCGCCUUUUACCUCUGUUCCUUCAUCGAGAGUUGGAUAAUCCGAAACAAUAUUUGGAUUUUUAUACAUCUGUCUAUAAUGUUGAUACAUCGUUUCUUCAAAGUGGUGUCAGUUUGGAGGAGAUGCAGCAACACCUUCUAGAUCGCUUGGAUUGCCAGACCAGAGAGGAAAUUUCCUUCGUGCGUGAGCACUGCGUGGAUUUCUUUGUUAAGAUAAAUUUACAAAUAUGGAACAAGUUCGACGAAUUAAAGCUAAACCCCUUGGAACUUUUGGAUCAGGGCACUGAUGACACAUUUUCCACCAUGACGAAUACCUUAUCGAGUCAUAAAGAACCAUUGGCAGAUGAGAACGUGUUGCCUGCUCUGAUUUCCCGAUUGGGAAAACUAAAGUGCCGGGAAACGCAAAAUAUCCUGAAAUAUGCGGUAAAUAAUCUUUCUGCCGAAGAGUAUGAGUAUUGCGUUGUGGAGGUUUUGCAAAGAAACACAUUCUUAUUGGGUACCAUGGACUGCGCUGAGUAUAUUAAAGCACCGCCUUCGUAUGUUCUAAAAAGAUUGCUAGAAGGAGAAACCACUACUGGCGAUGCACGCAUAGAACGCGCCUUUGAGUAUACGAUUGGGCAACGCGCAGAUACAGAAGCCAUGGACCGAGUCCAAUUUAUUAAUUAUGCCAAGACAAAUAAUAGCUUAGAUACAAGCUACAUAUGUGACGAUUUGCUGAGAACUAACAAUGAGCUCUCCAAAAAGAAACCACGCUAUUUCGCCAACUGCAAGGAACACAGAACGAAAAUGCGAAUUGGCAAAGCUCUAUUGGACCUAAGCGAUAGAUGGAAAUGGUCAAACGAAUUGUGGGAUGCCGCUUUGUUUCCCGGCGAUCAGCCCAAUAUAUGCUUUAUUUACGAGUACCUUGUUGCAAAAAUGUUGCCAUGCAUCGAUCCCUUGUUAGAGAAAUUGAAGCUGCUGGGAACUCUUAAGCCCAGCCAACAAAUGUCUCUUAUCUCUGUCGUCCACAUAUACUGUUUGUCCUUUUGGGCAAACCUAAAAAUAGAGCAACUUUCCGAAAUCUUUGCCGUCCUACUACCUCUCACAAUGGGCGCGAAUUUUCAGACUCGUCUGCUGGCCCAAUUGGUUCUGCAUCGUCUUUGUACUAAGUGCGAAGUUGAGAGCAUUCAAAUGUCAGUAGAUGCAUUAAAGAGGUCAAUUGAAGUAACGUUAGGCGAAAAAUUGAAAGAGUUUCAAAGCGAGGCUCGCCUUUUGUUACCAGAACUUGGCUUAGAAUGCCCUUAUUCCGUUUCUGACGCUAUUCUUCAAAUGACAAAUGCACCCUUUGAUGAAAACAUUACUUUCGUUGGCUGUAGGUACGCUUUUAGAGAAAAACUGAAACGAGCUUGUGAAACAUUUAAAGCGAAAAAGUCAGAAAUGACACCUGAGUUGGCUUCGCCUUUGGGUGCAAUAAACGGUAAUGUGCAGAGAAAGAUGAAUCCCAUUGGUGAUAUAUAUCCAGAGAGUGACGCAGUCGAGACGAGAAAAGCUUUGGAUAACGAGCUCAUUGUUGUGGCUUCCCUUAUAGACAAACUCCCGAAUUUGGGUGGACUGGCGCGCACCUGUGAAGUGCUUGGUGUUAAGACGCUGAUAUUGGGUUUGAAAUCACAGGCGGAGAAAAGCGAUUUCACCAACUUGAGCAUGACUGCUGAGAAAACUUUAAACAUACUUGAAGUGAAAACGGAAGCACUGGUUGAAUUUCUGCUGGAAAAGCAAAUGGAGGGAUUUAAAAUCGUUGGGGCCGAGCAAACCUCACAUAGUACAAGCUUUGUAGACUUUAAGUUUCCCAAAAAGAGCAUUCUAUUGCUGGGGCAUGAAAAGCAUGGAAUACCAGCAGACUUAAUUGGGUUCUUGGACUAUGCCGUUGAAAUUCCCCAGUUUGGAUUAGUACGUUCCUUGAAUGUGCAUGUGACUGGAUCACUCUUUAUUUGGGAAUAUUGCAAGCAGCACUUGACCAAGCACUAAAUAAAUUUUUUAUCCACACAGUA